AAAAAAGCGUUCUUGACGACGAAGAAAAAACUCCGCAGCGGUGCGUAGUUUUCGUUUAAAAAAUUCAUCGAAGAAGUGAUGGGUGGUGUUACAGUCCUGGAUGCACUGACACCAAUUCAAGAUCUUGUGUAAGGUGAUUUUCGGUAUCGACUUGUGAAUGAUGAUGGAGGCCGGAUGCAGGAGUCCAGCCUCCUUGGCGGGUAGUAUAACAAGUAGCAAAGUAGACAGAGCAAGGCCUGCUGAAACGCUGGAGUCAUGGCUGGAGACACAGAAUCUCAAGCGGGAUGAUUGGCCCACGAUUGAGGGUGAAGAGUGUGAGUUUGAUGUCACGUCGGAGAAGAAUCUUCUUGGAGAUCGUGAUGACAUCUUAGAAUCGUUGCGUGAACAUGCACCUCUUCCGAUGUACAUGCUGGACAACCUGGGGUCCAAACUUGAGGAUCUCAAACAGAAUCUUGACGUCUACGCUUCUCAGAUAGUCACCUCCGAGCAGAUGUCGUACCGAAUGCAGAAUAAUCUCUUUCACUCCCCGAGCUCAGGGCCUGUGGUGUACAAAGAAGUGAUGGAGAAGGCAUUGGAGUCCAAUGCAGUGAAGGCCAGUCAGCGUCAACGUAAGGAUAAGACCUAUGAGCUUAGAGCUUUGAUCCUCGGCAGCAAAGCCAGGAGUGUAGAGACAACCACCUUCCCAGGGUUUAGUAGGAGUGAACUAACAGAGUUGCCUCAUGGACUGGAGGCACCACAGAUACUGGAUAGGAUCACAAAGGCUCAAGACUUCAAUACUGGUUUCAAUAAGUUCUGGAAGAAGUUGUUUCUGUCGGAAGCUUCAGUGGCUGUCAUGCAAGACACGUUCUGGUGGUUCUUCUUACAAGAAUAUCAGCCGAAACAUUCUUCGGACCAGAACAAGUUGUUCAAUCGGAUUGCCGAUAGCUUUGUGGCUCUCUUCACCAGUGUCAACCCUGAAAUAAAGGACAAAUUCUUUGCAGUUUAUUCAGACUGCUUGGCCCAGUCAGUCUUUGCUGGCUAUUGGGAGGCGUUCAUAGACUCCCACAAGUCCUUUGACUCAAAGUUCAAGCAGAAGAUUGCAACACUGUGCAGUGAGUGGGUUGCUGGUAUUAAACCUGGACCCGAUGCUUGGGAUCACUGGGACGUCAAGAGACUGCAACCAAAAAGCAUGAAUAAAGAGAAAGAAGAAGACAAGAAGAAGGUGGUUCUCAUCAAGGAAGGAAAGAUUAAUAAAGAAGCUGAUUUUUCGAUAAGCAUUGACGUACCCUCUGACGAGGAGAAUUCAUCCGAGGGCGCUCUGACGGCAGGCAUGUCACGCGAGGCCACACAAUUGACCAAUAAGAGCCUUCGAUUCCAUGCUGCAGCUGGUGCUGCUUUGCCUGCAAUCCCUCCAAUGCAGACCGAGUCACAUCAGAUAGGUCCGGGGCCAGACUUUGAGAGAGUGUUAUUCAACAUCCAGGGUCGUAGUCCGCUUAUUGCUCACUACCUGUACAUGAAGGAUCUAGCAGGGAAUGAACACAUCGGCCGCAAUGUACGCAGGACAGAGGUUGCAAAUAUACCUCCUCCAGCCAUGACGUAUCGUGAAGUAAUUAAAGACACACAGCGCAUGAGCAAAUCCCUCAACACAGAGUACCAGAAGAUCAAGGAGGAGCUAGCAAGGGAGAUGAUGGCCAUUGAGAAGCAGAAAAGGGAACAGACGAGAGAGAUCGAACAGUUAAAGCAGAAGAUUCUACUCCGCAAUGUGGACGUCAAGAUCCUGAGCGAAAAGAUUCUUGAUAUGAGGGGAAAGGAAGGCAUCUUGACUUUGCUGAAGGAGGCAGCUGGACACGAGGAGCGACAGGUGAUGCCAGCAUCAAAGAGAACUGGGAGUGGGUAUAGUUCAUCAUCGGAUGAGGAUUAUGAUGAGGAGUAAGGAGUGUUUA